AUGGAUUCCCUGGUUGACAGAAACCACACCGUAGUGACAGGAUUCAUUUUAUUGGGUUUAACAGAUGAUCCAAUCCUCCAAGUCAUCAUCUUCAUGAUCAUCCUGUGCAUCUACCUCAUGACCAUAUCUGGCAAUCUCAGCAUAAUCAUUCUGAUCAGAACCUCCUCUCAGCUGCAUCAUCCCAUGUACUUUUUUUUAAGCCACUUAGCUUUGACAGACAUAGGCUACUCAUCUUCUGUCACACCCAAUAUGCUUGUAAACUUCUUCAUGGAAAUAAAUACAAUAUCUUACCUCGGAUGUGGAUUCCAGCUUGGUGCAGCUGCUUUCUUUGGGGGAAUUGAGUGCCUCCUUCUGGCUGUCAUGGCAUAUGAUCGCUUUGUGGCCAUCUGCAACCCACUGCUUUAUUCAGCCAAGAUGUCCACGCAAGUCUGUGCACAGUUACUCCUAGUUGUGUAUGUAGCUGGUUUUCUUUACUCUUGCUCUUUUAUUAUUUGUUUUUUUUCUUUAUUCUUCUGUGGACCAAAUCAAGUCAAUCAUUUUUUCUGUGAUUUUGCUCCUUUAAUUGAACUCGCCUGUUCUGAUACAAGUAUCCCUGUAGUUGUUUCCUCAUUUUUGGCUAGCUCUGUAGUUACAGUCCCAGCUAUUGUCAUCAUUGUCUCCUACAUCUACAUCUUUAUCACCGUCCUGAAGAUGCACUCCACUGAGGGACGCCACAAGGCCUUUGUCACCUGCACCUCCCACCUCAGUGUGGUCACUCUGUUCUAUGGGACUGUUACAUUCAUUUAUGUGAUGCCCAAGUCCAGCUUCUCAACUGACCAGAACAAGGUGGUGUCUGUGUUCUACAUGGUGGUCAUCCCCAUGUUGAACCCCCUCAUCUAUAGUCUCAGGAAUAGUGAGAUUAAGGGGGCUCUGAAGAGAAAGCUUGUAAGAAAAACAGUUUCUUCGUAA